UAACCUGGGUCCCGUCCUCUGCCCGUGGGGGGCUGCUCAUGGGGCCUGCCUGGACACUGCUCCCCCUCGGCGGUGCUGGCUCACCGGCCUUGUCUCCUGCAGGUUCGCUCCUACAUGCGGCAGCUGCUUGAGGGGCUUAGCUACCUGCAUCGCUGCAGCAUCCUGCACCUGGACGUGAAGCCGGAGAACCUGCUGAUGACCAGCAGCGACCAGGUGCGGCUCUGCGACUUCGGCAACGCGCAGCGGCUGGUGCCGGAGGGGGCCCAGUACUGCAAGUAUGGCACCCCCGAGUUUGUGGGCCCAGAGAUCGUCAGCCAGAGCCCUGUGUCCAUCGUCACCGAUGUCUGGUGCCGGCCGGAUGGGUUGGGGGCUGGGGCUCGGGUCCUGGUGGCACCGCUGGCCUGUACAUGCCUUCUUGCGCCUGGGAGUCAUCGCCUACUUGUGACGGGAUCUCCGUUUGUGGGGCGAGCCGACGACCGUGCUGAACUCCGCUCAAGUGGCUUCGGGGCGCCAUGUUCCUUGGGGCUGACGCGGAGGCAGGGGUUUUUCAUCAAGUGCUGGCAUGGCCACCUCUGGGCCUCGGUGCUCCCUCGAGGAGAGUUCGCCAUGCAGGCUGUGUGCAGCAAGUGUGUCACGGUUCUUGGACGAUCACUGAUUGUGCGGGGGCUGAUGUCAACCUUGCGGCUGGCCUGCUCGGGGAUCCAGCAGUCUCCUGUACUUGGGGAAAGAGUGAUAAAGGUUGUUAUCAUUUGUACCUUGGCCAAGGGGAAAUCCAUCAGCACCGACCACCUGAAGCUCUUCAUCUGCCGGAGGAAGUGGCAGCGCUCUCAGAUCAGCUACAAAGGCAGCCUGGUGCUGAGAGCCAUCCCGGAGCUGCUGGAGGACACAUCCAGCCACCUCUCCAUUGCCCUGCCCCGGCACCUCAAGGACUCACCCGCCCUCUCCUCCUCCUCGGACUCAGAGGAGCUGGACGAGCUGCCCCUGCUCCCCAUGCCCCACCAGGUGGAGUUCUCCGGCUCCCGCGUCUCCCUCAACGAGAUCCCCACGGACGACGAAGCCCUGAGCCAGGCCGAGGGGGCGCUGGAGGAGGCCCCCAUGGAGUGGCAGGCGGACGUGGCAGGUCCGGGGAAGGGGCCCGCGGCAGUGGAGGGGCCUGGCUCCGCAGAUGAGGACUCUGCCAAGGCCCAACCACAUCCCGGGUGCCCCCGGAAGGCCCUGAAAAAGGGCUCCAGCCUGGAGUCCCCGGAGUGGGGGCGCCCGCCUGGCCGGAGGGGCGAGCUGCGGCGGGGCAGCUCUGCAGACAGUGCCCUCCUGCUGGGCCUGCCGGCGGUGGACAGAGUGGGGCCGGCAGGCGAGGAGCCCCCCAAAGUGCUGAAGAAGGCGGCGUCCAUGGAGCUGCCGCGCCGGAGCCCCAGCCCGGGGGGUGCGCAUCACAGGCAGGCCGAGGAGGAGCGCGCCCAGCGCCUGGAGCUCGUGCACCAGCGCCUGCUGCGGGAUGGCCCCGUGGAGCCCAGGGUCAGCGGCCUGCGGGGGCCGCUCCUGGAGACCCUGGAGAAGAAGGUGCUGCGGCCCCCCCGGCCCACAAAGCAGCCGCCCCAAGGGGCCAGGCUGGUGCGAGCGGCCUCCAGCGAGGCAGCCCCGCAGCACCCACCCCCAGAGCCGCACCUGCUGCAGAAGAGCAGCUCCUUCAGCCAGGGCGACCUGGAGCCAGUGAUGGUGCACCGCCGCUCGGGCGCCCCGCUCGAGAUCCCCGUGACUCGCCUGGAAGGCCAGCGGCUCCAGGAGUCCCCCUCGCUCUCCGCCCUGACGGAGUCCCGGCCCCACACCCCGCGGGAAAGCUCCUCCAAGCCGCCUGGCCCUGGCCUGCCCGAGGUCUCCCCUGAGCAGAGGCCUGUGCCAGCUGUGCGCAAGAAGCCUCCAGCCGAGAGGCCUCAAGAAAAGCCUCUGCCGCGGCCUGCAGCUGCCAGAUCUGCCCAGGUCUCCCUGCAGGCAGCUCCCAAGGCCAGAGGAUCCCUGCCAGAGCCCCCUGGCCCGGACUCCAGGGCCUCCAAACCCUCCUCCUAUGCACAG